GUGGUCCUAUUGGUGAGAAGUAUAGAAAUUUUAACUGGUCAAGCCUAAUAUGAAGUUGAUGAAGUGGGUGGAGUUGCGUUUUGGGCGUUCACGCCGCAAGGACAAGAAAGGGAAGCCACAGGACCCAUCAGAAGGCAUUAAAGAGUACAGUGGAUGUUUAACACUAACAAAUGAGGUAUAUCCCGAAUUUCGUUACCUGGAUAAUGUCUUACCUUGUGUUCUUCCUUCCAGAAGUUGUCUGACGCCUCAGCCACCUAUUAAGAAGAAACCCCUAAACAUUCGGACCAGUUUUCUAGACUUAGCAGUCUUACCAGACACCAACUCCCCCCGGCAAAGACCCAGAAUCAGGACAAAUCCUUGGCUGCCCUCCCGCGGAUCUAUCUCUAGCUCUACAAGUAGUAGUUCCACAUCAUCUAGCACCUCAGAAAGUUUGGAAAACUCCUAUGAUCCAGUGGUCAAGCCUUCUGGACCAUGGACGUUGCUUCCCUUUUGUCCGAGUGGUCGAGACUUUAGUCCUUUACCAGCGAUUCGCAGGAUUAGACUUCUGGAAUGGAAUAAAUCAGAUGAUAAUCAGCUUUCAUGCUCUCCCAAGUUUACACGGGAGGAACAGUUUAGGUUGCAACAGAUUGUCACAUCGAAAACACGAGACUCCACUUUUGAUUCCACCAGCAAUUUUGAGACUGAGUCCAACACGAAGCAAACACUCGAGAAACUAGCUCGUCUGAGGGCAACAGAUUCUUACAAUAAACAAGAGGUUCUAGAAAUCGAUGAGGCUUUUUCGGAAGAUUACCAAUUAUCGGAAGAUGGCGAUUCUUCACCUACACCGAUCCCUAAAGUUGCAACCAGCCCACAGGCAGAUAGCGCCUGUGGCAGCUGUAGCACCACGCCACUUUCCGAAACUGCUCAAGAUCACGUAGAAGGAUCUGAAUGUGGAGAAUCUCUAGAUGAGAAAAUCGCUUCGCUAAAAGAGCAACGUCUUCAGAUGACAACGAAAAUGGCAGCAGCCCGUCAAGAUGACGAGCAACGGCAAGAAGAAGUUGUUCGACUCCAGCAGGAGCUUCUGGAUUAUCGCAGAAUAAUUCUGUUGCGCACCCUUCAAGGACUUCAGAAUCGCCUCGAGCAACAGGGCGAGCGUCUAGAUCGUGCAUACAGCGCCACUAGGGAGAUGAAGAUGAACUACACUUAAAAUCAUUGUGUCGACCGCAUAAAUCAAGAAAACAAGAACAAAUAACUUAAUGUCUUUAGACUGUCAUAUUUAUAAUAUGCCCUUUAUUAUUGAUAAACAUAUUUUUUUUGUUUUCUUUUUCACUAAAUGCUGUUCUUCUCGUAGAAAAUUGUAUAUACAAGAUUUAAACGUAAUUAUAUUUCACUGUAAUCAGUUUAUUUUUUGGUAGUAUAAGUCAGAUUCGUAUCAUCGUUUGUAAACAACCAUUGUCUCUUCUUUUUUCAACGUAAAUAUAUUUUAAAUCUUGUUCUAGUAAGUCACCCUUCUCUCCUCAGACCUAAUCAAACAAUGUUUGUUUUAAGUUCUGACCAAUUUCUUCUCGUGUUUCACCCUUCUCUCAUUCAGACCUAAUCAAACAAUGUUUGUUUUUAAGUUCCAACCAAUUUAUUCCCGUGUUUCACCCUUCUCUCCUCAGACCUAAUCAAACAAUGUUUGUUUUUAAGUUCCAACCAAUUUAUUCCCGUGUUUCACCCUUCUCUCCUCAGACCUAAUCAAACAAUGUUUGUUUUUAAGUUCCAACCAAUUUCUUCUCGUGUUUCACCUUUCUCUCCUCAGAAUUAAUCAAUGUUUGUUUUCGGUUCCAAUUAGAACUCAUCAGAACGUUUUACCCCCAGUGGCACAGCGGUAUGUCUGCGGACUUACAACGCUAGAAUCCGGGUUUCGAUACCCGUAGUGGGCAGAGCACAGAUAGCCCAUUGUGCUUAAUUUCAAACAAAACGUUUUCCCUACCUUCCUUACCCGACUCUGUGGCAUCAGUUAUAAUUAGAAGUUUGAUUUUACUUCAUUUUAAUUAAUACCACCUUAAGAAGUUCAAUAUUUCUAUGAAACUUAAAUGCAGUUUACAUUCUUAUUGUUUUUCUUCGUAUGAUGAUAUUUUGAAAUGUUGAACAAGCUAUUAAACUUGUAUAUGUUGUGGCAAUAAGACAAAGUUCAUUAAACAGUGUUGAAGUAACAGAUAUUAGAACUGUAGCAAAUACGUAAUAACACUACAUUAUUUAAUUUCUGUGUAAUAAAAUUCUUAAAUUCGUGAUCCUAAUCAGAUAGUUAUUCGAGUUCUUUAAACAGCUUGCAAAAUUUGGCAGAAUUUGUGGUAAACGUUAUAGAUAUUCAUGAAAUAUUUUAUGAAAAGUACAAAGUUUUAAAUGUCGUGGUUAGCAAUGUUCAUACAAAUUUAAGGAAUAAUAUGCCAAGUUACCAAGGCGAUAAAACAACCGCGGAGGGUAGUGGAGCACUGAUUGGAAACAAUGCUAGUUACCAAGGCGAUAAAACAACCGCGGUGGGUAGUAGAGCACUGAUUGUAAACAAUGCUAGUUACCAAGGCGAUAAAACAACCGCAGUGGGAAGUAGAGCACUGAUUGUAAACAAUGCUAGUUACCAAGGCGAUAAAACAACCGCGGUGGGCAGUAGAGCAUUGAUUGUAAACAAUGCUAGUUACCAAGGCGAUAAAACAACCGCGGUGUGUACUAGAGCAUUGAUUGUAAACAAUGCUAGUUAUCAAGGCGAUAAAAACAACCGAGGUGGGCAAUAGAGCAUUGAUUGUAAACAAUGCUAGUUACCAAGGCAAUAAAACAACCGCGGUGGGUAGUAGAGCACUGAUUGGAAACAAUGCUAGUUACCAAGGCGAUAAAACAACCGCGGUGAGUAGUAGAGCACUGAUUGUAAACAAUGCUAGUUACCAAGGCGAUAAAACAACCGCGGUGAGUAGUAGAGCACUGAUUGUAAACAAUGCUAGUUACCAUGGCUACAAAAGAACUGCAGUUGGUAAUAAGUCUCUUAAGCUAGCCAAUUGGCUUAUAAUGCUGAUAACCCGAGUAUCGCCAUUUUCGCUGGAAGUACCGAUUUUACUUCAUUUAACUAUAAACUGUAGGAUAGGUACACCGUCAAUUUAAGUAAUUAGGUUUAAGUAAGUGCUCGGUUAGCUAAGACAUGGGUUGGAACCACACCUGAUCUGAGAGUUUUAUUUCUUAAAAGAAUAAAAAGUUAAAAAAGACACGUUAGUGUUCAACAGACAAGGUAGAACUAAACACAUACAUAUUGCUAUUUGUAAUAUAUAUCAUUGUAAUAUACCUAUAUAUAUAUAUAUACUAGUUAGGCUUCACAUGCAAGUUAGGCUUAGCUGUGGUAAGCCUAAUCUUUGUAGAGCUACUAUGACAACCUAGUAAACGAUACAAAGAGAAAGCCAGCAAGUAAAGUAAAGUGGUGUAAGUUUAUUUAGGUUGUAUAAACCACAGUAAACAUCAAACGAAGCUAUUAUACUCGUACAAUGUGUUGUAAAAAUAUCCAUUUGUAUGUAUAUCCAUUUAUAUGUAAAAUGUAUAAGGAAAAUGUUUAUUAUUGUUAUUAAUCCACUCCGUUAAGUAAUUUUGGUUACCUGACCUAAUUCGUUGAAAAAAUGUUUACCUCUCACCUUAUAUCUAUGUAGAACAUUUUUUUUCACAGUCUAUUACGGUGGUUUCCAAAUUUUUUUCAUUGACGAUACCCUAACCCACUUAUCUUGAUUUGCGCUACACCCAUGUUGCCAGAUGCAAUAGUUUUUAUGUUUGUUUUUUGUAUGUUCUUAAUUAUUCUUUGUUUGGUGAAACUCUCGCGACACCCCCUAGCAACUAACUGCAACAAACAGUUUGGAAAUCACUGAUUUGUUAACUACUCCAGAAAGUAGAAAACAAAAAUAGAAUGAAAUUAGUGUUUAACACCAUUAUAAUAGGUGGAGGUUGUUUGUUUAGAGUUAGGUAUUAGUUCUUAGUUAACUUGAGCUACUUGUUGAUCUAGUCAUAAUGUGGCCAAAAAUUCUAAUUUCGUUUACUCGUCUGUGGUUGUUUUAUGUGUUUUUUUUAAUGUUGUUUUGGCGUUCGGUCGAAACGAAAAUGGCUAACAUUGGUUACACGAUAUCCAAUUAUUUGAUUCAGAUAACGAAUAGUACCAGCAAAGUUAUAAAUCUUAGACUAAUUGUAGUUGUUGUUAAAUAUGGAUCUUUGAAAGAAAGCAAACGAUGCAUGGGUAGAGCUGUGAUCUAGGAUAUUAAGGUUUUAUCCUACCCCACGUGAGGAUUCUAUCGUUAACUGUGUACGGAAGGUUAAACAAUCAGGAGUACAGGGAUCUAGAAAGAUAACAUGCUGGUCAUCUUUGAAAGAGAACAAACGAUGCAUGGGUAGAGCUGUGAUCUAGGAUAUUAUGGUUUUAUCCUACCCCACGUGAGGAUUCUAUCGUUAACUGUGUACGGAAGAUUAAACAAUCAGGAGUACAGGGAUCUAGGAAGAUAACAUGCUGGUCUUGUGUUCUGGUUUUCUAUCGUGGUGAAGAUUUACAAGCUCAAAUAUCUGAGUGACCAGGACUGAAACAGCGUUUCUUUACUCAGAAGGUUAUUGAAGUUCGGCCUCCAUCUUACUACCUUCUUCAAUAUUCAGUUAACAGAAUUAUGAUAAUUGCUGCGAGGUACAAACAUACCGUGCAUUAAUCAUAAAAAGCCAGAAGCUGCAGAUUUCUUUAUCACUAUACAAUAGUCAUACUUCAUUGUUUUAAAAUUCAGUAGUAGUGACGUAUGAGUUACGUAAUAGCCAAUCAAAGAUUUUUGGUUUGACAGGAUAAAUCCUAGAAGCUUGAAGGUUUGGUGAUGGUUAAAUAUUCGUUAUAGAUUUAUAUACAAGUUAAUAAUUUCUUUUUUAACACCAGGUGGCUCUGUUUCUAAAAUUCCUGGUGGUAAUCUGAAAUUCUACGUUUUAAAUAAUUUAUUCUGUAUUUAUUUAAGUAAUCAUUCUUAUCAACUUCCAGAAAUUAAUAUCAAGCGUGUUAAACUCAUGUUUACAAUAAACGUGUAACAAGUUGUUUUAGUGUUACAAUAGUUAUAAACUGCAGCACAAAACUGUCGUAAAUGAACGAGUUGAUUAAAAGUGAACAUCAUUCAAUGGGUCCACUUGAGACGAUGUGGUCUUGGCGUUUUCCAGGCACAAACCGUGAUCACCUAAACCAACUGUAU